AUGGUGGAUGAUGAUAUAGAUGAUGAUGGUAGUGGUGGUAGUGAUAGUGGUGGAGGUGGUGAUAGUGGUGGUGGUGGAGAUGGUGGUGAUAGUGACAAUGGUGGUAGCGGUGGUGAUGGCAAUGAUGGUUGUGAUGGUGAUGGUUGUGGUGGCAGUGAUGGUUGGUGUGAUGGUGGUGGUGGUAAUGGUGGUGAUAGUGGUGGUGAUGAUAAUAGUGCUGGUGGCAGUAAUGAUGGUGGUAGUGAUGAUGAUAAUGAUGACAGUGGUGGUGGUUGUGAUAAUGAUGUUGGUGAUGGUGAUGGUGAUGGUGAUGGUGGUGGUGGUCAUGGUGGUGGUGAUGCUAGUGCUGGUGGUAGUAAUGAUGACAGUGGUGGUUAUGAUGAUGAUGUGAAGACGGUGGUAAUGGUAGAUGGUGGCAGUGAAGAUGGUGGUAAUGAUGGUAAUGGUGAUAGUGGUGCUGGUGGUGAUGUGAUGGUGAUGAUGAUGGUGGUGGUGGUGAUGGUGGAUGAUGAUAUAGAUGAUGAUGGUAGUGGUGCUAGUGAUAGUGGUGGAGGUGGUGAUGGUGGUGGUGUGAUGGUGGUGGUGGUAGUAGUGGUGGUGGGUGGCUGUCAUGGCAGUGAUGGUGAUGAUGGUGGUGGUGGUGAUGGUGGAUGA